CAUAAUAUCGAAGUGUCUUUGAGUUGUGUUGUGUUCCCCCGCAGGUUGGCCAACUCGGACAGUGGUUUGUACUUAGAAGCAUACAAAGCAGGAGGGAAGAGGGUCUGCUAGCGAAACAUCUGCCUUUGGAAGCCUGCUCCAUCCAGCGGGUAACAAAUGGGAUACCUUGCAUUGACCUCUCUCUGGCCUGGCCCCUUUGCUGCAGCAGACCGAUAGGUUCCUAGCUCUCAGCCCGCAGCAGCGUGGAGGAUGCCAGCCCGCUCUCGCUGGGGAGUUAAACAUGGAGAUCCGCUGUGGCGGCCUCUUGUUCAGUUCCAAGUUUGACUCGGGGAACCUGGCUCAUGUGGAGAAGGUGGAACACCAGGAAGGAGAGGGGGAUGGGACCGGGAACAGCAGCACUGGCUUUGGCAGCUCCCUGCCUGCGGCCGACUACGAAUUCAACGUGUGGACCAAGCCCGACUGUGCCGAAACCGAGUAUGAAAACGGGAACAGAUCCUGGUUUUAUUUCAGCGUGAAGGGAGGCGCUCCCGGCAAGCUGAUCAAAAUCAACAUCGUGAACAUGAACAAGCAGAGCAAACUCUACUCCCAAGGCAUGUCGCCCUUCGUCAGGACCCUGCCUGUCCGGCCCCGCUGGGAGCGCGUCCGGGAGCGGCCCACCUUCGAGAUGCUGGAGACCCAGUUUGUGCUGUCCUUUGUGCACCGCUUCCUGGAGCACCGCGGCUCCACCACCUACUUUGCCUUCUGCUACCCCUUCUCCUACACCGAGUGCCAGGACAUGCUGGCACAGCUCGACCGCCGCUUCGAGGAGUGCAGGCUCCUGUCGCCCCGCCGCUCCCUGGACUCCAUCUAUUACCAUCGAGAGCUGCUGUGCCGCUCCCUGGACGGCCUGCGGGUGGACCUGCUCACCGUCACCUCGUGCCACGGCAUGCAGGAGGAGCGCGAGCCCAGGCUGGACAACCUGUUCCCCGAGGAGGCCACCCCUCGGCCGCACCGCUUUGCGGGGAAGAAGGUCUUCUUCCUGAGCAGCAGAGUCCACCCCGGGGAAACGCCCUCCAGCUUCGUCUUCAACGGCUUCCUGGAGUUCAUCCUGCGGGGGAGCGACCCCCGCGCCCAGAUGCUGAGGCGCAUGUUCGUCUUCAAGCUGGUCCCCAUGCUGAACCCGGACGGCGUGGUGCGGGGCCAUUACCGGUGAGCUGGGCGCCAGCUCCGUGGGCCUCAGGCAGGAGCAGAGCUGGCUCCGAGCUCUGCAGGGACUGGCAGGCUAGGUCCUGCUCUGCUCCCCGGCCUGGCCGGGGGAGGGCUGCACUGUCCUUGCUGGCUUUGCAGGAGAGCAGGGUCGGGGGCC